CGACACAAAAUGGAGGCGCAGUUCUGUUUAACUUUCUGUUUCUUUUUCGAUUCUCGACGCUUCGACAGCUCUGAGUUGAGUGUCUGUUAAACAAGAAGCGCUUAGCAUAACCGCACUCGGCCCAAUUUCGUCCACAUUAAGCGUAUGUAUGAGUUUCAAUGAGCAAUACAAUGCACAGCGCAGUUAAACCAAUUGUGACAGUUUGGUUGUAAGCUGCUAAUAUUCUAGUUACGCCCAACCUUUAUACGCUUUAGCAGUAAGCUAGCUGUGCUAGCUUCACUUCCUGGUUGCACAACGGUAUCCCUGAAAGCUGAGACGAAAUCAGUUUUCAGUCGAGCUAGAAAAAAAAAAAAAAAAAAAAAAAAAAAGAUAGCUACAGAAAGUAUUCUUCCUUGGGCUGACUGUUCUAUCUUAUUAUCUUUGAUCAGUUUCCUUGGAAUUAAAAUAAUCCGAUGAACAGCAGUGAAGCAAUGAAACGUAAAUCUAAGUGAUCUUAUAUCAAGAGGAACGCAGAAACGCCAGCCAAUGCCUCGCCUUCAUGGAGAAUGACACUACUAUAUCGAAAGAAGGUCUUCUUGAGCCAGUGCUUCCUGGCUCAGUAACCUUUGAAAGCAGUAUUUUAGCUCCUCUUCGUAACAGCUAUUUGUAUGAGGAGUCCAAAGAGUCUUUUACCUACAAUUCAGCACAGUUGAUCAAUAAUGCAGCUCUACAACAAAGAUAUUCUGCAUUUCGUGCUGAAAAACGUGAAAAUCGGUACUCUGAAGAGGAACUCAAGGAGUCGUUUGGCUUCUUGUUGCUUGAUGACAAAUCCAGGGCAAAUAGACUCGCGGAUACAGGCCUAGUUGUUGGGCAAGGGACGUGCACCAUUCUCGGAGAUUGUUCAAAGGGUGUGUAUAUUUCAAAGUACUCUGACUGCCUUGACCUAAAGCGCUGGUACGAUGGCAAGACAGGCUACAUUGUUCUGUUAAAGUUGACAAAGGGUCGAGAGAAGGAGGUGACGGAAAACUACACACAAAACUUCACACCCCCAACUGCUGGGUUUGACUGUCAUGUAUCAGAGCAGCUCAGAGCAGUGUGUGCAACCACCAGCUCCUUUCUAGCAUUUGAAAGGACUCAGUAUUAUAUGUAUGAGCUUCUGGAUGGAGGGGAAAAGGUUGAGUCAUGCCCAAGGCAUGUGUGCCCAUUCGCCAUUGUGGCUUUCUCCUAUGGAAAAACUGCCAUCUCUUUAGAGCAGAAAGAGAAAAGCCAUGAAAAAUCAUCAUUUCAUUACCAACCCUGGAGUGGCCAGCUAAAGAUUGAGUCUGUUUUGUACAACAUUGGCUUGAAGUCCAUCCAUGGAGCUAUGUUCCCAGCAAAUCUCCCAAAAACAGUUCAAGUUGACCGUGCCAUUGGAGUCUCUGAACUGAGGAAGACAUUGCCCCAAGCAGUUUUUGAAACUUCUCCUCUUUGUGAAGUUUCAUUAGAUGGCAAAUGGUUUAGCAUGUAUGAUGUCAUCUCCUUUGAAGAAAGUAAUGACCUAGCUUUCUUAACUCAAGAGUUGAAGGAGAAGGACAUGGCCCUUGUAAUAUGUUUGGAAGAUGGUGGUUUCCUUGUACUUUUACAUUCAUGUAAUUUCCUCUCCUAUGAAGGUGCAGGCACAGAUAAAGCCUUUGCUCUUCAAGGAAUGUUUGUUUAUCCUGACUCCAGGACUGUGCCAAGAGAGACCAAGAGUGGAUACCAUAAGACUACAGUUUCAUCGGAGGUUCUUCAAGUUCUCCCCGCCCUGAAUUAUGCUGAAUUAGAAAUGGAGAAGUGUCCUCCAAAGCAGCAUGAGGAGCCUCUGGGCAUAAUGGAGAAACAUUUGCAGAACUUUGCUGCUCUUAUUUGUCCAGGGUUAACUAGCAGUCCUAAUAGGGAGGCUAGUAUGUUUCCUGAUCAGUAUGAUGUACCCAGUGGUUUUCCUCUGAUUGCCCCAAAGUGGACAGAACAAACUGGGGAUCGCCUCAGGACAUACCUAGAAAGUCCACGCAGUUUUGAAAUUCCAGUGGUUAGAGCAAUGGAACUCCUUGCUGCUGGAAAACAGCAGCGCAGUGAUGAUCACGACGAUGAUGUCUAUUACUAUAUAUCGUCACCUGAGGCCCCUCAGACUCCUGCUGGCAUGGUUUUGGAAAGAGAUUUGCCUAAUGAAACUGAUCAUUUAACAUGCAGGAAUGUUUCUGAUGACAUGAAAAAGACAGCAGAGCAGCAAGCUGAAACAGAAAUAACUGUAGCUGCUGAAUCGCCCCAUUGUGCUUUGAUAGAGGAAGUCAGCACACCUGGUGCAGCAGUGGUUGCAUCGCCUGAUAAUAACCCAGUUGAAAGGACAGACACUUCACCCACAUCAGGUGACCUCCCCCCAGAAUACUAUGCUCAGAACAUUCAUGCAGAUAAUACUGCUCAGGACAGUGAGAAAACAUCUGAGUGUGUCUCAGUUGAUGACAAAUGCAGUGGGCAGGAGUUUUCUGGGGCAGUUUUGAAAGAAACCAUUGAGAACACCAGUGUGGCAUUAUCAUCCACAGAAAUUGCAGAUGAUUCCUCAACUCUGGCAUCUAACACUGAGAUGGAGGUUGAUCAGUCAGUAGAUUCUAUAUCAGAUGAACUCCCUAAAGUUGGAGGUCAGAUACCUGUUGCAGACAAAGUCCUACAGGAAGCUGACCUUCCAACAUCCAUUUCACCUCCUACUACAUCAGUAAACCAGACUGACGCAUUAAUUAAAGGUUGCAAAGACGUACCGCAAGAGGCAAAUAGCAAUGUUCUUGCUGAGAGAAAAUCCGUGCCAAACCGGCGUGGAAAACGGAGAAGAAGGAAAGCUUUAAAACGCAAUACUAAUAGAGUCAGUCAAAUUGCCCCCCCACUUCAAAACACUACUUUAUCCUUAUGCCCUUCAGCAGAAUCUAACCCUGAACAGAGUAGUAACAGUGACGCAACACAUUCCUCACCCAGUACACUGAAGAAAGAUUGGCGGUCUCUCCCAAGGCGCAAGAGGCACUGGAAUCCUGAUGUCAGUACGAAGCGGACGCUCAGGUCAGAUUUUAAAAGCAGUGAAAUACCAUGUGGUAAAAACAGUGAGACUGAGAAAAAUACCACCAUUACAGAACUUGCUGUCAUAGAAAGCAUCAUGCCCAGUACACCAAAGCGCAAAAUGGAAGGAAUUAAUAUGAGAGAACGAUAUGGCCUUAAGACAAUAAUCACAGAUUGUGGUUUUGUCUUUGUCCCACAUGGCUCAGAGGUUGCUCCUGGAGACAUAAAUUCAAACAAACAUAAGCAAGCUCAAGAAUCCUCCAUUACAACCAACAGUCCUUUGGGGGAGAGGCCAACAACUACACCACCACAUGAUAAACAUCAGCCAUUAGAAAUGGAAAACAGUGGUCAGCAUAUGCACCUAACAGACACACAAGACAUUUCAGUGAAUCCAGGUAAGGCACUAUCAUCUGAGGACACUACUGAGAAAGAUCCUGUAUCCCCUAAAAACUCUGAGCAAUCAUCUAUCCUUGAAUCAACUGAAAAAAAUAAAAGCCCAGUGAAAGGCCAUGUGUACAGGGCAAUAUCCAUAAGUAAACUAAAGACAGUGCUCAAAAGAGCAAAAAGGACUACAUCUCCUGCUGUACAGGAUCAUGGGAUAUCGAUAUCCGAUAAUACAGGGCCUGAACUGAAAAGAGGCAAACCAAACAAUGAUGUAGAGUUGUCAGACAAGAACAACUCAGCUGGGAGCCAAGAGCCAGCGGAAAAUACACCAUCUAAACCACGGCUGAGGACCACAACAUCUCAGGAGAAACGGAUCUUAAAGAUCCCAAAAGAAAAUGGUUGCAACAGUUUUGACAACAUUUCCCCUAAUGAAAUAGUUAAACAAGUCGACCAACAGCUCAUAUCUGAGCCUGUAGAAAAUAGGGUAGAAGGAAAGCGUAUUAGAUCUGAUGGCCAAAGAAAUAAAGUGGAAGUGGCUGUUGGUGUGCCUGCACCUUCAGAUGCUCUUAAUCUUCUGGCUGAUUUGGCCCUCAGUGUAAAUAGUGAUGAAGUGUUGCCUAACCUGGGAGAAAAACACCUUGGAGCCAAGACCAAUAGCUCACAGCAAAAAGUCUUUCAUCUGUUGCGAGACCUCACCCCCAGAUUAAAAUUACCCUCUAAAUCUCCUUUUCCAGAGGGUCUUGUUGUGACUGGGGAUUUGAUAUUAGAAAUCUCAAAAGAGCAUUCUUACUCACAGCCCACCUCUCUGCUGUCAGGUUUGACAGGCAUAUGCCAGCAGGUUCAACCUCCAGUUGAGUCUCGUCUGUCCAUGAAUUCUGACCACCUUCUGACGUUACCUGAUCUCAGUAGUUGUCCAGACUAUCCGAAUAAAGAAGGCAAAAAUGGAUGGAGAUUCCUGCCAUCUUCAAGUGCAUCAGCCCCAGCCGCUGUCAAGGCCAAAGUAUGGAGUUCUAUGUUUUUCCGCUGUAGGACCAUCAUUGAAAAGGAGGGCUCCAUUCAAGUGACAAGACAUUGGAAAGAAAACUAUGAUUUCAAAUUUGACAGCAAGUUCACAAAUGACAGGAUAGACAAAUGUGUGACAAGAGCGCUGCAUGGCAAAUGGGAUUUCAGCAUUGAAGACAAUUAUGAGCAGGUGCAUCUCAUCUUCCAUAUGUGGAUAGGCCUGUUCUACAGUAAACCCACUUCCAGAUUCUUUCACUUUGAUCAGAUCUGUCCAACAGUGGAAAGAAAAAAUCCUGUAACGGUGUUACAGUGUGCUGUUCAGACUGCCACACUGCUGCCUGAUGUUGAUUUGGCCUCAAAGCAGGACAAACCUACUUCCUCAGAUCCUGUAGCAGAUGCUCUUGACCUUUCAGUGAAACCAUCUGGGGCUGUGGAUCUCUGCACUGUUCGAGAGAAUCCUACACCUAGUACUGGUAUACAAUCAAACCUGGAACAUACGAGGGAAAAUAAACAGCCAGCUAUUAAACCCAGAUUAGACUAUUCUCCUAGUGUUCUAGCAGGAGGCAUUCAUAUGGGUUACAGAUCCACUGAGGCCUUGGAGGAAAAUUCCACACCUGAUUGUACCGACUGCAGUGACAUAGAGGAUAUUAUGACCGAUGUCACUGAAAGCUCUUACACAAAAGUCUUGGAGAGCAAUAGUGCAUACAUUCAGUUGUUGGACCAGGCGUCAAACAUGAGAAUCGAUGAACAGAAAUUGUUGAAUGUGCAAAAGAGUGAACUUGUUAGCAAGGACCUGUCCACAACAAAGACCAUGAACAUAAAAAGUGCUGGGAGGAUGGGCAGUGAGACAACAAAUGUGGCUAUAUUCCACCAGGUUGUUGGGCCUGUCAGGCCUGUCAAUCUUUCAAAAGUGCAUGAUUCCUUGCCUGGAAGAAAAAUCAUAUUAAAGUCAUUGAGCUUUAAGGACAAACACAAAGAUGAAGCACCCGUGUCAGUAUACAGUGAGAGUGUAUCCAAAGAUGAGCAGUGUGAAGCAGCAGUUGAUGAGGAACAACAUGAAACUACAUCAGUGUGCACGCACUCUGGUAGCAAGAAUGAGUCGCCAGUUAAAACCCAGAUAGAAAGUUCUUCUGUCAUUUCCGUUUCUGUGAGUGAUGGCAAUGCAAAAAUUGAAGUUAAAUCUGUGCUUCUUGCCAGUGAUGAAACACCUAUGGUUAUUCAUGAUGUGAAUAGUAGUACAAAGGAGCAAUCUGUGUCUGGUGAGAGAAAUAAUAAGGUAAUGUGUAAUGAUGUUGGAGACGCACCAAUGGAUGUGCUUGACGUAAAUAACAAGGCAAAGCAGGAGGUCAAAUCUGUAAUUGAUGAAACACCAAGAGAUGACAGAAAUGAUAAUAUACUUUUGGAGAAGCAUGUUAAUCAUGAAGUAACAGAGAAGGUUGGACCUGUACCUGAUGUCAGAGAUGACACUCCUAUCAAUGUGAAUGAAAUAAAGGAGGAUGUUAAACCUGCGAGUCAUGUCCAGAGCGAUACACCUGAGGAAGUGUUCGUUGAUGAUGAGACAAAAGACAAAGUAUCACCUGUGCCUGUUACAGAUGACUCAUCUGUGAAUGUACCUGAUGUGAUUAAGUCAAAGGAAGUGGUUGAACCUGUUGGAGACAACACAAGUGCACAUGAUAUCAGAAAUGACACACAUUUGGGGGUACAGGUUAACGAUGAGACAAACAAGGUUACAACAACACUUGAUAUCGGAGAUAUCACAUCAGUGUAUGAUGGAGAAAAUACUCCUCAUGGUGUAUGUGAUGAGGAUGAUGAUGCCUCAGAUGAAGUUAAUUCUGUGGUGAACAUCAGAGAUAUGUCUGUAGAUGUACUGGCUGAAGCCAAAGAUCAACUUGGUGUCAUAGAUGACAUACCUGUAGAUGUACAGGAUGUGAAUAACACAAACAAGGAAGCCACACCUGAGCUUGAUGUCAGAACUGAUAUGUCUGCAGAUGUACAGGAUGUGAAUAACAUAAACAAGGAAGCCAACCCUGGGCUUGAUGUCAGAGAAGACACACCUGCAAACGUACAGGAUGUGAAUGAUGGCACAAAGGAUGAAACGAAAUGUCAGCCUGAUGUCGGAGACUGCAGCUCUGUGGAUAGACAGCACGAUGUUGAUACGACAGAAGGAAGGAACAUGGAGGAACAUGUGUCUGGGAAAGAUGAGAGUAAUACAGAUGAAAUGACUAAUGAAAGUGAAAGAAAAGUAGCAGCACAGCUCAUUUGUGAUGCCGACAUUGAAUUAGACUCUGAGGAGCAGAACACUAUUGACGAGUCUCGAGAUUGGACAGAUUGUGUAGAUAUGGAUAUCAGUGAUGAGGAUUCUGAAGAUGAAAAUCAAGAAAAGGUGCAUGAGGUGAAUGUCUCUGCUGGUGAAAUUCUUCCUAAAGUGCUUGAAGAAGACACUGUAAAGCUGCAGGAGGAUGAAAUAAAACCUGAGGCACAUGUGGCAAGCAAUUAUAAAGAGCAAACUACAGAGGGUGCUCAGCCAGGCAUAUCUGAUUAUUCAUCUGCUGGUCAUGUGAGCUCAACAUCUCAUCAGUCAAUUACGUUGAAGGAAGGCCAUAGCUUGCCUGCUGUUGGUGGCGCUUGCAUCCCAACACAGAAUGGUAGUGAAAGCACAAUGCUUCAUGACUCCAUUGUGGUUCAACAUGAGACCCCUGAGGUCAAUCAGAACAAACCCAGAAAAGUGUGUGAUGAUGUGUCCCCCUUAACUGGAGUUUUUAAAGCAGAACCAUAUGAAACAAAAGACUCUAGCAUCCAGGGAACAACUGAAGAAGCUGAUGAUUUAGCUAUUUUAAAUGCAAAUGUUGGUUCAGGCAAAGACUCUAGAAUGCUAGAGAAGGGUACUGACCAAAAACCUCUUAUCCCCACAAUUUGUGCAAGGUAUGCUGCUAAAAGGGAUGAGAUAUAUGACAAUUUUGAUAGCAUGGAUGCAUCUCCACCUGCUCUGCAAAUAGAUACUGAGGCUGAGAUGAACAGCAGAUGCUGUACUCCUACUCUGGAUGAACCACCAUACAGUCAACUGACGGAAGAGGUUUCAGACUUUCAGGAAGUGAAUUUACAGGACAUUUCUGAAACGGAGCACUAUUGUGUAAAGAAGAGGUCUACCAAUACAUGGUUGGUACUUGAUAGUUCUGAGGAUUCGCAGUCUGGAGUAGAGAAGUCUCCAGCUCACAGAGACCAAAUCUCCCCUCAGGAUCCUAGUUGGUCCUCUAAUAAGUACGAUGCCACAGUCAAAGAGACCGAUGAAAGUGAACUAUUAGUAACUGAUAAACAUGUGCCCGAGGAGAACUUGGAUUAUUUUGAUUACGAUGCGAUUCCCACACCUAGAAAAACCAAAGAAAUUGAGCCUGAACAAUACCAGUUUGGUUUUUCAUCUGAAAAAUACGAAGAAUAUUCCUGUGAAGAGCUUCCUUCAUCAUGGACACACAGUGCUUGCUUCAAAACAGAGGAUCAAAAAGAUCUCAGUGAAUGGUAUGCACCUUUUGAGCAUACACGUUACACAAACAGCAUUUCUGUCCACAGAGAAGUUGCAUAUAGGCCAAGAGAGAUUACAGAAAGUAACUCGGACAACUUUGGUUGGGGACAAAGAAUUCGUUAUUCAGAAUUCAGUCCCAAUGUGGAUGAGUCACAUGAAAGAGUUCUUUCUUUCAGACAUCGAGCAGGUUUAUCUGAAUCUAAUGAUGAGUCUGAAAGUCAUGUAUCAGAGCCUGUGUGUUACAGUAAAAGGAAACACAAGAUAAAGUUGUGUCAAAAUGAGUCAGAUGAAGGAGACUUUACUGCGACUGUAGACUACAGCAUAAAAAAGACCUUUUCAUGUAGUUCAGAUCGAUCAAGCAUAUCAAGGACACGAACAUCUAGCCCAUAUCAGCAUAAAGGAGGAAGCAAGCAGCCUUUUGACUGGCGUAGAUAUUUCAGGAGAGAGGGAAUAUUUGAGUCAAAUGAAGGCAACGAUGGACCAUUUCAUGAUCCACCUUCUUCUAUCGUCACUAUGGUCGACAAGAAAGGUAAUAGAAUGAUAUUUGAAAGUCCUUCCUCUCAAAAGCGAUUGUCAGGCAUACAUGGUAUUAUGAGUCAGAGUGUGGAAGAACAGCAAACAGAAUCCGACACCCAGUCUUUAAUGGAACUUGAGUAUCUUAUUUUUUCAGAGAAUAUGACCCAUUUGCUCAAAAACUGCAAGCCUACCUCCAGAGUGAAACCACAACGCAGACUAAAUAUCAGCCCUGUUGAAAACCCUAUGACCAUUCAAUUUUCAAGACUUGAUGAGCAGAACAGUUUUUCUGCACUUGAUCAGACCUUGCCAACUCUUUCUAAGUUUAAGAUAAACGUGGACAUGACUGAAAGGAAGGCCUUGAAGAAAACUCCAAAUUACUGUAAGCCCUUGCAUCUCCAAAGCCUUUUCUGUGAAAGAGGCACUGAAGCAACUUGUUCAAAGGUAUCAGACAUCACCAAAGAAUGUUCAAAGUCUUACAACACUAUGAUGAAUGACAUUUGCCUUGGCAAGACUAUCCCUCAUCAGAAUGACGAGUUGAAAAGAAAAUGGGAUAUUGAGCGCGCUACAACUAGCAAACAGUCUGGAUUCUGUGGUCGGAUCAAAAAGGACAUGUUUGAUUAUCUGCAUGAUAAUUUAAACGCCGUUGUGAGGCAAGCGUGCAAGACGAAGUACAAGUUCUACAUCUUGGUUACAUCAGCAGACCCCUUUUUUGAGGAAACAAAGGAUCUGUUGGAAGCUGAGGGCCACACCGCAAUUGAGCCUUAUCAGUUUGACUUUUAUGCCAAUGGGCAAACCCCUGUACUUAUUAUCCUGAGAAACGAGGAUAUUGCAGAACACAUAUUUGAGGUUCCACAUUUGCUUGAGUUAAAAAAGUCAUCCAGGGUUCUGUUUGUGGGCAUCGAUCAGCCUGACGAUGUUGUAAACCUCACACACCAAGAGCUUUUUGCCAAGGGAGGAUUUGUGGUUUUCGAUGAAACCGCACUAGACACACUGAAUUUAGAAAACAUUAAAAAGGUUGUGGGCAUUAUGGAAGAACUAGAUAAAAAAGGGAAGUGGAAAUGGUUUCUGCACUACAGAGACAGCCGCAAGCUUCGGGAAAGUGCAAGGUGCAGUCCUGAAGCACAAAGGAGGAAGCAGUUCAUUGACUGCUGCCAGGAAGCGGGAAUAGUGGAGGUCUUGCCUUAUCAUGAAUGUGACGUCAUUUCACGGGACAGACCAGACUACCUUCGCUGUCUAGUUCAUCUCCAGAUCCAAAACGUCUCUGCACGGUUCCCUAUUUUCAUUACAGACACACCAGAUGAUUGUUUUGAGAAGAAUGGGAUUUUAACUAUGAACAUUUACACGUUCUCACGGAUUCUUUCAAAUGACACAUGCUCGAUUUCAUAAGCUGGUGGCUAGAAUGGUGUCUUAGCACAGUGACCACCCUACCCUACACGUUAUCUUUUUGUACAGAUUGAAUUACUAAUUACAUGUUGUUCAGUGCUCUUUUGUUUAAUGUAAAUUAUUUUGCAAUGUACAUGUUUUCCGUCAUGUGUUACUAUUUAUAUCGUAUCCACAAUUAAAGCUUUCAACUGGAGGCUUUAUGUAUAAAGUUUGAUAUGUAUUAAUUUUAAAUACUGUAAAAAAAACACUGAUAUUUUAGUGUAUCUCAGUUUUUCCAUAUAGUUUUAUAAAUCAUAUUGACCCGUUUUAAUAAAAACAGUUGAUUAGU